AUGGUUCAUCAUCAAGUCACUAUUAUUGGUUCAGGCCCUGCCGCUCACACCGCUGCCAUCUACCUCUCCAGAGCCGAAAUAAAACCAACUUUGUACGAAGGUAUGCUCGCUAACGGUAUCGCAGCAGGUGGACAAUUAACCACCACCACCGAUAUUGAAAACUUCCCAGGUUUCCCUAACGGUAUCAAUGGUACCACGUUAAUGGAGCAAAUGAGAGAACAAUCCGUCAAGUUUGGUACUGACAUCAUCACUGAAACCAUCUCCAAGGUUGAUUUUUCAUCAAGACCAUUCAAGUUGUGGACUGAAUGGAACGAAGAUUCCGAACCAAUUACCACCGAUGCUGUCGUAAUCGCCACUGGUGCCUCAGCUAAGAGAAUGCACUUGCCAGGUGAAGACACCUACUGGCAACAAGGUAUCUCAGCCUGUGCUGUUUGUGACGGUGCUGUCCCAAUUUUCAGAAACAAGCCAUUGGCUGUUGUCGGAGGUGGUGAUUCUGCAUGUGAAGAAGCAUUGUUUUUGACCAAAUACGCCUCAAAGGUGUUCCUCUUGGUUAGAAGAGAUGAAUUGAGAGCUUCCACCAUUAUGCAAAGAAGAGUGAAGGCCAACCAGAAGUUGGAAAUCUUAUGGAACUCCGAAGCCAAGGAAGCCAAGGGUGACGGUAAGUUAUUGCAAAGCUUGAGCAUCUUCAACAACAAGAGCAACGAAACCAAGGACUUGCCAGUCAACGGUUUAUUCUACGCCAUUGGACAUACUCCAGCAACCCAAAUCUUUGCUAGCCAGUUAAAGACCGAUGACCAAGGUUAUAUCCUCACUACCCCAGGUACCGCUUCUACCUCCAUCCCAGGUGUUUUCGCAGCUGGUGACGUUCAAGAUAAGAAGUACAGACAAGCCAUCACUUCCGCCGGUACUGGUUGUAUGGCUGCAUUAGAGUGUGAAAACUUCUUAGCCGAGCAAGAAGUUUAG